AGAAAAGAAAAGCAGUCGGAGCGUAUCGUUCUGGUUCCCGCUACGUUGAGUCGACGAGUCAUCUCGUUCCGCCGCCUCGAAGUGACCCUUUCAGACGUUCCUAGUCAUAUACGUUCGCCGCUUAAUCGUCUCCGGCACCAGGGAGCACAAGUGUCUUCUGCUUCUCAAUCACCGUCACAGGCCAUAAUUGACCGGAAAAUAUGACCCGUUCGAAAGCUCCUUCAAAGAAAAAGCAUGGCGUGGACUUCAAGAAAAUAAAGCGAAAGAUAGGGAGGAAACUGCCACCACCUAAGAAUUCUACAAAUACUGAAAUUAAAUCCAAAGCAAUUAUUUUGCCCGAGCAGAGUGUGGCAUCAGAGAAGGCAGGCUUAGCAGUAAACAAGAAAGGUUUGACAUUAAAAGAGCUUCUUCAGCAAACAUCACAUCACAACCCAAAAGUUCGAAGAGAUGCAUUGGCGGGUAUCAAGGAAUUGUUCAUCAAACAUCCAACAGAACUGAAGUUGCACAAGUAUGCUGUUGUGCAAAAGCUUCGUGAGCGCAUUGGUGAUGACAUUAAAGUGGUUCGAGAUUCAUUGUAUGAUCUAUUUAAGUUAGUGAUUUUGGCUGGCUGUGAAGAGGAUAACCAAGAGCUGGUUGUUUCCUUGCUGAUGACUUCCAUUUUUCAAGCAAUGACACAUUUAGCAAUUGACAUUCGGCUCAAAGCUUUUGAAUUCUUGGAUCUUGUUCUUGAGUUUUAUCCACCUUCCUUACCUUUAUAUGCCGAGAAGAUUUUCCAGAUCUAUGAUGAUAUUCUAAGGAAGAACCAGUGCUAUUUACAGGAGAGAGGGAAACUGAAGGUUGCUCUUGUGGGGUUGGUUCGCUGCUUGUCACUCUUGCCAUGGCAGAAACAAGAAACUAAUUUGCAUGAUAAGAAUGAUGCUGGACAGAGGGUAUUGCAUGCUUUUGAGGAUGAUAUGCCUGCAAGAUCUACUGGUUUUCCUCUUAUCAUAAAGAAGCUGAAGGAUCUUCUGCCAGUAUUGCUAAAUACUUUCCAGGAAUUUAUUCCUCAAGCUCUUGCUUCCCCAAAACUUGAUGGGAUGUCUUCUGCUUGUAUGCUGUCUAUACUUAAUUGCAUAGAUAUGAUAAUCAGGUCCUUUAUUUAUGGGAGUUAUGGGAAGCAGUCAGAGUCCCUAAGUUCUCUUGGUGAGCCUGGCGUGAUGAUAUGGGAUGAUGCUAUCUCUUCCUUAAUGUUGAGGAAAUUGUUUUCUUUGUUUCCCCUCAAUCCUGUGCAUGAUCAUUCAGAAAAGGAAUAUGACAGAUACCUUGAACUUAAUAUGGUCGUUACAAAAAUAUUUUUUCUGCUCAAGGAAUGGACCUGUCUUCCUUUUGAUUUGUUGGAGAAGUUUCUAGAAUUUCUGGAAAAUGCACUGCUUGGGAAGGUUUUUGAAGCUUCACAGUCAGCUAACCCUGUCUGGGAAAAGCAUUUAAUUCAACUCCUUCCUUUUAUUCCUAAAAUUGUUACAUGUGAGGCGAGCUAUUGGACACCUCGUCUUCUUCAGGCAUUUACACAGACAUUCAGGGAAAGCAAGCCAGCUUCUUUAUUGAAAAUGGCCUGUCUUUCUGCAAUUGAGGAUAUGCUAACUUCUAUCCAAAGUAAGCUUCAUCUAGAUGCCAGCUAUCCGGAAAAUGUUGAGUUUCAAGAUGCUUUGAUUGCAUGGAUAAGAGAGCUCCCUUUGUUGCUGAUCCAGGUUGGUGAUAAACACCCAACGUUCUCACAGGCUGUGUUACGUCUUCAACUUUGCAUUGGACGGUGUGCUUUGUCAAACUCAUCACUUGUUAGCACAUAUGACAACAUGCAAUACUCAUUGCAGGAGUUUUAUUGUGCAUGCCAAGAAAGAAACAUGUGUUAUGGUCCCUUUAUCAGGCUUCCUAGAGAAGCUCAAGAGCUCUCUUUGUGUUGCCUUUACUAUUUCUCUCAUGUGGAUUCACAUUUCUUGAAGACAAUAUCUUGUUGCUGCCUAUGUCCUAAUCUAGAUCCCCAUGUGUUAUUUCGGACAAUUGAGGUUCUUCAUUCAGCGUACAGAGCUGGACGUAUUGAUAUUGCUGAUCACUUGAGUUUCUUCAUUACCUUACUCUCAGGCUUUAAAGUUUCUCAUGAAGUCGUUUCUCCUGGCUUGGGUGAUGAUCCAAUCUUCAAAACUUUCAAGUCUAUUACGAGUGUUCUUUGUUCACAUCUGGCUAUGAUGGGCAAUAAUUCUCUUGUUCUAGAAAUGCUUGAGGAAGUGAUACUUGAUCAGAUAUUGCUAAAGCCUCCAGUGGAUAACAGUUGUUCUCUCCUAAGAAUGCUUGUAACAGUGGAUGUUAAGCCUACAAUGCUUUCUGAGAAAAGUAUUGACACUCUGGGAGUUUUUCUUUCAGAAUAUUUGAUAGAUGUUGUGCAAUGCAUUCCAGAAGAUGAUGACAAACACACCCUGUCCAAUCAAUUAAGUACCCUGCAUUAUUAUCUACUUCCUUGUUUUUUCUUGUUUGAUCGGUGCCACAAGCUUAUGAAUCUUGUGUUGAAGAGCAUGAGAUCCGCUAUAGGAGGAAGUUUUUCAGCAAUUGCUGAUUCUAGAAAGGCCUUCUACAAUAGGGUAAAUGCUGUUGCUUCUCUACUUUCGUUGAUGCACAAAGAUCCUAAAUUGCGACAGAUAAUGUCUUUAUUCAAGGCGGAUGUUGAUAACAUCCUGCAAGUUUAUUUGCAGUUAUCAGAAAAUAUCAGUGUGGAAAUUGAAGAAAGGGAUAAAAUAGAUCGGUCAUUUGAUCAACUAAAAAUUCUAAGAAGUUCGCUACCCUAAGAGACGGACAGUCUCCAAAAGAGUGUUUUAUAGCCGAGCAACUAACUUGUCCAUGUGAGUUUUCAUGACUUCACCACCAUUUUGCCUUGGUCCUAUUUUUCUUGAGACUUCUCAUUCAGCCAUGUUGUGGAUUUUGGAGUGAAAAGCAUGCAUGGAAAUUGCCUCUGUUUCAUGUUGAAAGAGGAAUGGUGAGCACGGAAAUCUGCUUAAAUGCGCUGAAGGAUGAUAAGCGCUGAAGUUUGCGAGACAAUGUUGGUUUCACUCUUCCAACGUUUAACGUGGCAAAAUUUCCUUCCAUGUUUCCCUCUCACAUGGCAGGUAUGCUGAUGACUUUCAUGAUUGGUUUAACUUACAGAGAAUGCUGGACGACAACUGUUAAAAGGGGAACGUGUUCAUUUUGAGCUGUUAGUUGAAAUUGGUAUCUUUGUUGACCGUUCAUGCUAACGCGGGAAGAUGUCCAAGAAUAUCACUUUUGUGCAGUGGCCAUCAUGUGAUUCUCUGAAGUGCAUUGUUGUCGUCCAUAACUGGUAAUUUGUUUUUUACUGUGGGUAAGUAAUUUUGAGUUCUGCCAGCUGGCUAUUAGUUCCCAUGUCGAGAUAUGUAAUAUUUGUCUUCAUUUCUCCAUAAUGUCUUGCUCUAACAGCCUUGCUGCCAUGAGUGUCAAUGGCGUAUUCCUCAAUGAAAUUAUUAAUGUUGUUAGAACUUCCACCA